GGUCCGAGUCGCGUUCGGCAGGUCGAUUCAAUCCCUUGCUUGUCGGGCACCUUUCAACACCACUCGUCUCCUAAACCAUCGACCUCUCCUGCGCAGUUUGACUCGAGGAUUUCACGGUAUAUCCUUUGGCACGCGCACAAUGGCCUCUUCAGACGAUGAUAUGCCCCUUGCGGGCUCAAGGAGAACCAAUGGCACAAACGGAGUUACCUCAACUCUAUCUUCCGCAAACAUUUCCUCCUCUGUUGAUGCUGCGAUGGACAGGCAGAUACCUCCGAAUGGGGAAGUGAUGCCUGGGAUCUCUUUGGCCAAUGGCGAUGUGAAAGUGGAGGAUGCGACCAUGACCGACGGCCACGAGCAUCUGACCAAUGGUGCUUCGGCCAACAAGCGCAAGGGCAGAGAAAGCAACACGCGACCAUCAUACGCCGAAGCUGAAAGCAGUGACGAUGAUGUGCCACUGAGUAAGAAGAGGAAAACCACAACGAAGGCCGCUGAAGACUCAGAUUCCGAUGAUGCACCACUGAUAGCCAAGGCCAAGGCCAACGGCAAAACGGUCACGAAGCCUCCACGGGCCACUGCAGCACAAAUUGGCGAGUCCUCGGAUUCCGACGUUCCCCUGUCGAAGAAACUAGCAAAGGAAAAACAGAAGAUCGAGCAAUCUGCAGAGAAAGAGGCGAAGGUGAUCCGAAAUAAGGAGAAGAAAGAGGCUGAUAAACCCGCAAAGAAGCCUGCCACCGCAAAGAAAGUGAAAAAGGAGGAGUCAAGUGACGAUGACAAACCCCUGGCGAAACGAGCACCGGCAGCCACUGCGAAGAAGGUCAAAUCUGAAUCAUCCACUCCAGCAAAGAAAUCCAAAACGGUGAAGAAAGAGGAAACCGCAGACCCCGAGGAUGAAGAUGACGAGGAUGAAGAGGUGAAAUGGUGGCAAGACCCUACCAAUGGCGAUGGUACCAACAAGUGGGAGACCUUGGAACACAGCGGUGUCAUCUUCCCACCACCUUACGAACCGCUUCCGAAGAAUGUCAAGUUGAAAUACAACGGCGUUCCCGUAACUCUUCACCCAGAAGCCGAAGAAGUCGCUGGCUUUUUCGGUUCUAUGCUCAAUUCAACCCACAACGUGGAAAACCCUGUUUUCCAGAAGAACUUCUUCACCGACUUCAAGGAGUAUCUGAAGAAGACUGGGGGUGCAAAAGACAAGGACGGUAACAAAGUGGAGAUCAAGGAGUUCAGCAAAUGCGACUUCAAACCGAUCUUUGAGUACUACGAUGCACAAAGAGAGGCGAAGAAAGCAUUGCCCGCCGCCGAAAAGAAGGCAAUCAAAGCCGCAAAGGACGAGGCAGAAGCGCCUUACAUGUAUUGCAUCUGGGACGGCAAGAAACAAAAGGUUGGCAACUUCCGCGUGGAACCUCCGGGACUCUUUCGUGGCCGAGGCGAGCAUCCAAAAACUGGAAAGGUCAAGUCGAGGGUUGACCCUGAACAAGUAACGAUCAACAUCGGUAAAGAGGCUACCGUGCCCCCUCCUCCUGAGGGUCACAAAUGGAAACAGGUCAAGCAUGAUAAGCAAGGCACUUGGCUUGCUAUGUGGCAAGAAAACAUCAACGGCAAUUUCAAAUAUGUCAUGCUUGCCGCCAGUUCAGAUGUCAAGGGUCAAAGCGACUAUAAGAAAUUUGAGAAGGCUCGGGAGCUCAAAAAACACAUCGAUCGCAUCCGCAAGGACUACAGAAAAGACUUGAAGUCCGAGCUCAUGGCUGAUCGGCAAAAGGCUACAGCCAUGUAUCUUAUUGAUCAAUUUGCUCUUCGUGCCGGCAAUGAGAAGGGUGAUGAUGAGGCCGAAACAGUGGGUUGUUGCUCUCUGAAAUAUGAGCACAUCACGUUGCGCGCGCCCGCCACAGUCGUCUUUGACUUCCUGGGUAAAGACAGCAUCCGAUUCCACGAGGAGUUUGAGGUCGACCCGCAAGUUUUCAAAAAUCUCAAGAUCUUCAAGAAACCUCCCAAGAAAGACGGCGACGACAUCUUCGACCGUCUCACUACAACUCAACUGAACAACCAUCUCAAAAAUUACAUGCCUGGUCUGACAGCUAAGGUAUUCCGUACUUACAACGCUUCUUACACCAUGUCUAAACUCCUGACUGAAAUGAAGUCUGAAGGCAAUAUCAUGGAGAAGAUCAAAGACUAUAACGAUGCAAACCGCAAAGUCGCCAUCCUCUGUAAUCACAAGCGAACUGUGGCGGCAUCUCAUGCCGGACAGAUGGAGAAGCUAGGAGACAGACUAAAAGGUCUGAAAUACCAACAAUGGCGUCUCAAACAAAUGAUGCUCGAACUCGACCCGAAGAUCAAGAAGAAGCGGGGUGCCCAGUACUUCGAACUGCCGGAUGACUUGGACGAGGCAUGGAUUCAGGAACACCAAGCUUACCUGGUCGAUGAACAGAAGACCAAGAUCACCAAGAAGUUCGAGAAGGAGAAUGAGAAGCUCAAAGAGGAAGGUCAGAAACAGAUGAAGCAGUCAGAACUCAACGAACGUCUUGAAGUUGUCAAAGAGCUCGAAAAGAAAUACAAAAAGGAGAACAAGACCAAGAAGGUCGAGCCGGAGGGCAAAUCUCCUUCAGUCGAGAAGCUGGAGGAGAACGUCAAGAAAUUUGACACAAGAAUCGCCAACAUGUCUAUCCAGGCGGAGGAUAGAGAGAACAAUAAAGAGGUGGCAUUGGGGACAUCCAAAAUUAACUACAUCGAUCCUCGUUUGACCGUGGUCUUCAGCAAGAAAUUCGAUGUGCCCAUCGAAAAGUUCUUCUCCAAAACGCUACGGGAGAAGUUCGAAUGGGCUAUCAAGUCCGUGGACGAGAACUGGGUCUUUUAAGCUCUCGCGCACAGGGGACAGGGACGCUUUUGCGUCGUCGUCACCACGACGCCAACGACGCAAAAGCCUCAUCGUCACUACAGCUCAGCCUAUUGAGGCAGGGACGCUUUUGCGUUCUCGUCGCCAAAUCCUCAGACAGCGACGCAAAGACUUCAUCGCUACCAUUGCCACAAGCAAGAAUGACCUCUUAAGCGAGACGGCAACGCAAAAGCCUUGUCGCUAGCAAUAUUGAUCCUGGCUCAG